AUGGCCGGCCGCGGGGCUGCGGCGCCGCCAGCCAAGAAGCACGCCGCCUCUGCUCCAGCAGGUCGGGGCGGGGCUGCUCCGCCGGCGGCGGCGGGUGCCGAGCGUGGUGCCCUGGUGCCGCUUGGCCAGAGGCCGCCGGCGGGCGGUGGUGUGACUCAUGGCACCCAGGGUCGUGGCAAUGGCCACUUGGGCGCUCGGCCGCCGGGGCAAGUGCCCUUGCAAGCUGUGGCCGGCAGGGGCGGGCUGAGGCCUCCGGCGCCGGGUGCGGCUUCCGUGGCGCAGCCGGCCGCGGGUCAGGGUGGGCCUCGCCCUCAGGCACCGGGCGUGGCUGCUGCAGGCCGGGGUGGUGCGGCCCUUGGGGUUGUGCCAACGCCUACCGGCGGUCAGCCUCGUGCCACGCCUCCGCCUCACUUCGUCGCGAGGCCUUCUCAGAACCGUUCGGGACCGUCGUAG